AUGAAGUUUGGCUUGCUGGAAGCGGCCCUCCUGGGCGCUGCAACGGUAGCUAGUGCUCAGGAAUUGGCAUACUCGCCUCCUUUCUACCCAUCGCCAUGGAUGACCGGCGAGGGCGAGUGGGCCGAGGCUUAUAGACGCGCCGUCGAAUUCGUAUCUAACUUGACUCUCGUUGAGAAGGUUAACCUGACAACUGGUGCUGGAUGGGAGCAAGAACGAUGUGUUGGAGAGACUGGUGGUAUUCCGAGACUAGGAAUGUGGGGCAUGUGUAUGCAAGAUUCGCCUCUGGGUAUUCGCGACAGUGACUACAACUCCGGCUUUUCUGCUGGUAUCAAUGUUGCCGCCACCUGGGAUAAGAGACUUGCCUACGCCCGUGGUAUGGCAAUGGGUGAGGAGCAUCGGGAUAAGGGUGUGGAUAUCCAGCUGGGCCCUGUCGCUGGUCCGCUGGGCAAGAACCCUGACGGUGGACGUGUUUGGGAGGGAUUUUCUCCCGAUCCCGUUCUCACUGGUGUGAUGAUGGCCGAGACUAUUAAGGGUAUGCAAGAUGCCGGUAUUAUUGCCUGUGCAAAGCACUACAUUGGAAACGAACAGGAGCACUUCCGCCAGGCCGGUGAAGCUCAAGGAUAUGGAUACAACAUCACUGAGAGUGUCAGCUCUAACAUUGACGAUACCACGAUGCACGAGCUGUACCUCUGGCCAUUCGUUGAUGCUGUGCGUGCCGGUGUUGGUUCUAUCAUGUGCUCAUACAACCAGAUCAACAACAGCUACGGUUGCUCCAACAGUUACACCCUGAACAAGCUUCUCAAGAGCGAACUUGGCUUCCAGGGCUUCGUCAUGAGUGACUGGGGUGCUCACCACAGUGGUGUUGGUGAUGCUCUCGCUGGUCUGGAUAUGUCCAUGCCUGGUGAUGUCGUUCUGGGUAGCCCAUACUCAUUCUGGGGCACAAACCUGACUAUUGCCGUUCUGAACGGUACCAUCCCUGAGUGGCGCAUUGAUGAUAUGGCCACUCGUAUCAUGGCGGCCUACUACAAGGUUGGACGUGACCGUUACCGCACUCCUCCCAACUUCAGCUCCUGGACUCGUGACGAGUACGGCUAUGAGCACUUCAUUGUGAACGAGAACUUUAUCAAGCUGAAUGAGCGUGUCAAUGUGCAGCGUGACCACGCCAGUGUCAUUCGCAAGAUUGGUGCUGACAGCACUGUUCUCUUGAAGAAUAACGGUGGCUUGCCCUUGACUCACGACGAAAAGUUCGUCGGAAUCCUGGGUGAAGAUGCGGGCUCAAACGCCUAUGGCGCCAAUGGCUGCUCCGACCGUGGCUGUGACAAUGGUACUCUGGCCAUGGGCUGGGGUAGUGGCACUGCCAACUUCCCUUACUUGAUUACUCCCGAGCAGGCGAUUCAGAAUGAAGUGCUCUUCAACGGCAACGGUCAGACUAAUGUCUUCGCUGUGACUGAUAAUGGAGCUCUUGAUCAGAUUGCUGAUAUCGCCUCCCAAUCAAGUGUCGCACUUGUAUUCGUCAAUGCCGACUCUGGAGAGGGCUACAUUAACGUUGACGGUAACGAGGGUGAUCGCAAGAACAUGACCCUCUGGAAGAACGGUGAGGCCGUCAUCAAGGCUGCCUCUGAGAACUGCAACAACACUAUUGUCAUCAUGCACACUCCCAGCGCUGUUCUCCUUGACGACUGGUACUUGAACCCCAACAUCACUGCUAUUCUAUGGGCUGGUCUGCCUGGUCAGGAGAGUGGCCGCAGCUUGGUUGAUGUGCUCUACGGCCGCGUCAACCCCGGUGCUAAGACUCCAUUCACCUGGGGCAAGACUCGUGAGGCAUAUGGUGCUCCAAUCCUGACCCAGCCCAACAAUGGUGUCGAUGCGCCCCAAGACGAUUUUGAGGAGGGUGUCUUCAUUGAUUACCGCCGCUUUGACAAGGACGACACCGACCCCGUCUAUGAAUUCGGCUUUGGUAUGAGCUACACUGACUUUGAGUUCUCUAACCUGAAGGUCAAGGCCUUGAAGGCAGACAAGUAUGCCGAUACAAUUGGCUGGACCAAGGCUGCUCCUGUCCUCGGAAGAGCUGGCCCUAUUGCUGAGUACCUUUUCCCCGCUGGUAUCAAGCGUGUCACUCAGUACCUCUACCCCUGGUUGAACUCUACCAACCUGAAGGCGUCUUCCGGUGACCCUUACUACGGAGAGAAGACUGAGGACUAUGUUCCUGCUGGAGCUACUGAUGGCUCUGCUCAGCAGCUCCUGCCAGCCAGCGGCCCUAGUGGUGGUAACUCAGGUCUCUUCGACGACUUGAUUGAAGUCACCGCUACUAUUAGAAACACUGGCUCCCUGGAUGGAGACGAAGUGCCCCAACUGUAUGUCGCUCUUGGAGGUCCUAAUGACCCUCCUAAGGUCCUCCGUGCCUUUGACCGUGUUACCAUUGCCGCUGGAGAGAAGGUCCAGUGGACUGCCACCCUGAACCGCCGCGAUCUUUCCAGCUGGGAUGUUGCAGCCCAGAACUGGGUCGUCACUAGUGCGGCCAAGAAGGUUUACGUUGGUAACUCUUCUCGCAAGCUGCCUCUGUCUGCCGACUUGCCUCGUGUUCACUAA